AUGCAACCGCGGUCCCGUCUUGGAGCGUUUCGCCUCCCCGUCAAAGGCAUGGUUGGUUUGUCGGUGCCGGCAUUGAGCCUCGGCCGGACGUUGCUGUCAGAAGAGGAAGACGCCCGAAGCCAACAGCCAAAAAACCGCCGAGGUGCAGUGGACGGACGGGAGACGCUCGGCGACAGCGAACGAACAGACUGGCGUCGCGAGGCUGUGGCAAAGAAGAAGGGGAAGAGGGGUGGCCAGCGGGAGCUGGAGCUGGAGCUGCAUUGGCUUCCCCCAUUGCCAAUGCUGCGCAGCGGUUUUGCCUGCUGGGAUCCCCGCCACACUUGCACAGAGUACCGCGGCCCUAUCCACAGCUCGGGCGAGGCGGCAGGCCCUUCAGCCUGUGGUUUUGAUGGUAAUAUCUCUCAGCACCACAGAAAUUCGACCGCAAACGUUGGAGCGCCGUCUUGGGCGGGCCCUCAGAGCAACCUAUUUGCAAAUGCCAAGCUAAAGCGGUUCCGUAACGGCCACAGUCUCCAGGCUUCUGGUGUUCUCAAUUCGGCCCAGUUGCCCAUCUGGCCUCUGCUUCAAAGAAAGCUUCGCUUCGCGUUGCUUUGGGUACCCGUACGGAAGUGUGGCAUCUCGCUGCUGAAGCUCCGGGGCUUCCUCGCAGACAUGAGGCGCGGUGGGGUGUCGACGUCGACCUCUGUCGAUUUCUCUCACUUGUCAACACUGCGAGUUAUUCCAGAGGACGGAGUACAUCUCGGAGUCUUUGCGAACGUUGGAGGACUCCAAGACAGCCAGACGACACAUCGCCUUCAGCCCGGCAAUGUGGACGGUGCACCCAUCAUCACGGAGGCUGAAGCAUGGUAA